AUGAAAGUUACUAUUCGAAAAUGGCAGACCGUAUCUUCGUGGCAUUGGGAUGUUAGUGAAGAAUGUUGUGGUAUAUGUCGUAUGCAAUUCGACGCUUGUUGUGUUGACUGCAAAAUGCCAGGUGACGAUUGUCCUCCAGUUUGGGGUGCUUGUAAACACGCCUUUCAUAUGCAUUGUAUCUUAAAAUGGUUAAAUUCUAAUCAACAACAAUGCCCAAUGUGUCGAUCUAAUUGGGAAUUUGUUACUACCGAUUAG